UACGACGUAAGCUGCCAGUGACCCUAUAACCCCAACUCGAUAAGGAUCCCGCUCUCUUAAAUACUACGAGAUUACACCGGAAGGAAGGGCUCGAUACGGCGACAGCUGUCAGUGGGACUAUAAACCCCAACAACAAGAAAAAGACCACGAAAUUAGACUUUAGCGUCGGCAUUUGUGGAGUGGAGACGGCCAUCUUCAGGGAGUAAGAAGCUUGGCUGCUGGUGUCUAGGCCUGGGGUGCACCUGCUCUAAGCUGGGAAUGUAGCCUCCAGGGAUUAUGGGCUGCACAAUAAACUAGCCACUUCGGUGGCAAAAUCUAAAAAAUGUAAAAUCUAAUCCAGGGAUUAGUGACAAACUUGCACACGAAAAUCACUCCCUAUGACAGCAAAAGACUCGGCAGAGAUGCAACAUUCCCCCGAUGAAAAGCAGGGGUGCCAUGAGUACACUGAGAUACAACACAAUAAGUGUCUGGGGCCCAAGACUGUUCUACUGCAUCUCAACAUGCAUAAGGAGGAUUACCGAUAGACCCCUGGCUGCCUUCAAGAAGACACUGGACAGGUGCCUAAAGUCAGUACCUGACCAACCGGGCUGUGGUUCUUACGUCAGUUUGUGUGCGACCAGCAGUAACAGCCUGGUUGAUCAGACCCAUAUCCACCGCAGAGCCUGAUCUCAGACCGAGCCGCAGGGACGUUGACCCCCAAAACCCUCUCCAGGUAGGCAUCUUCCACCGCAACAAAAUGUUUCGACGGAGAUGUUCUUUCUCCUCUGCCUCAGUUGUGGGUUUCUUAUCAUUAAUGUACCUCACAGGAGUAUAUCAGUACAUCUUGGCUUGGUCAUACUCUAAAUACUACACACAUUGGGGUCCAUUUCACUCAUUGCACCCUUUAAUAAAACAACUGAAGUCUGGGGAGGGUAUCACAGUAAAGCCCAUCAAUGAGUUUCAGUACCCCUAUUCAUUUUCAAAUACAGAAAAAUGUGAAAUCAAAGAUUCUAUACGCUUAAUGUAUGUUGUGAAAUCAGCACUUAGAAAUUUUGACAAAAGAAUGGGAAUUCGAAACUCAUGGGGUUUUGAAAGUCGCUUUUCUGAUGUGGAAAUCAGAACGAUCUUCUUGGUAGGAAUGAAUGAAGAUAGUCAUAUACAAAAGUUGCUGGAAAAGGAAGCUGAGGAAUACAAAGACAUAAUACAGGCAGCCUUUAGAGACUCAUACUUCAACAACACUUUAAAAACUAUGAUGGGCUUACAUUGGACAUACCAUAAUUGCCAGAAAGUCAAAUAUUUUCUGUUUGUAGAUGAUGACUAUUAUGUAUCAACAAGAAAUAUGCUUCGCUUUUUGAGGGAUCCUGCCAACUAUCCUCAAUAUCUUGAAAAAUAUAUUGUAACAGCUGUUAAUGAAUACAAAGAAAAUUUGUAUGCGGGUUAUGUUUUUGAAAAUUCACGUCCUAUCAGGUGGGUUUUUAGCAAAUGGUAUGUUUCACUAGAUGAGUAUCCAUAUUCUGAGUGGCCACCAUAUGUGACAGCUGGUGCUUAUGUUUUGUCAAGAAAGAGCUUAGAAGAUUUAUAUUUUGGAAGUACCUAUACCUAUAAAUUCCGCUUUGAUGACGUGUUCCUUGGAAUGGCUGCUAAAUAUGCAGGUAUUAAGCCUUUUCACCACAAGGAAUUUUACUUCUAUCGUAAACUAUAUGAUAAAGAAGGUUAUAAGUGGGUAAUUGCAUCCCAUGGAUUUGAUGAUCCAAAUGAGUUACAACAGGUUUGGAGUGAACAAAGAUCUGCUGGAAAUGCUUAAAAUUGCACUGUCAUUGCCUGCUUUAUAUUAUACUGUUUAUAAAUGUAUUUGUACCACAAAGUUAAUUCACUGCAAACUACAAUAAAGUCAGCAUAUUGUGUAACUGACUUUUAUAGCCAGUACAGUAGUAUACACUUGCAUAUUAUAAGGUUACAAAGUUUUUAAAAUACAAUAUAGUAUUUUUUCAUUUUGUUUUCAUUCAUGUAGACAGGUUAGGAUUUACUAUAGUAAACAUUCCUUAGUCUCAGUCUUUACAGUAGACAACAAAGUAUUUCAAUAUACUGUGCCAUAUUUUAAUGUGAUAAUUACAGUAUAUGGUGAUGUGCCACCCAAUGCAGACCUUUCCUAUAAUUUGAAGGCCUUAUCAGUGUGUAGCAGGACAGGUUGAAACAUGCAGUACUGGAAAAUGAGUCUUUACAAAUGUGGUACAUACCAUAUUUUAUUGUAUAUUGUACUUUACUUUUUUAUGAAAUAGCAGUAAUUGUUAGUAAAGUUUUUUAAAUACAGUCCGGUACUGCACAAUAUUUGUUACUAUAUGUUAAUUUACCUUGAACAUUUUCAAAAUCUGUUUCUCACUUUAUGUAGCAUUAUACAGUACUAAUUUUUAUGCAUAUCUAUAUAUUAAAGCAGUUAUAAAAUAGAAAAUAUAUUCAGUAUUAAUAUUGCUUCCAAAGCUUGGCUUUGUGAUUAACAGUUGGAGGAUUGAGUCUCUACUACUCCUUGUCCUAAAUGACCAACAUAGAUUUAGCAUUUCACAAUAAGUGUGGUAAAUAAAAUAUGAUAAUCUGACAUAGUAAACUUGA